AUGGACCACGGUUCGCAGAACUAUCACUCGCUCUCCCAUGCCCUCCACCCGCCGUCCAUCCGGCCGACGGACGUCACCUAUGCCAAUGCCGGGUACCCUCCCUCGGCCUAUCAGACCAACGCCGGCACCGGAUCUGCCCCGAAACGGGCCAAUGACGAGGAGGAAGAGGAGGACGAGGACGAUGCGGUAGAAGAAGAGCUCGAAUAUCCGAAAUCACAUUCUGCAUCUCACGGCGGCGCAGGCCAUCCACAAGCGUCGACGUCGGGCGGAGACAGUUUCAUACAUCAUCCGGCGUCUUCCUCUGCCACGCAGGGAGACGGCCAGUCUGAGAAGCGCAGGCCAGGCCGUCCCAAGGGUUCAAAGAACCGCAAGCCGCGCGAGAGCCCCACGGCGACAAAGCAGCCUCCGUUCGCUACGCCGUCCACCGCCGCGCCAUCAAUUCCCGGCAUGCCGGCUCAGAACCAGCAGUACUACGAGUUUCAGUGGAGAGUUCUGAACCUCUGCUCCGAGUUUUACGGUGCUGCCGAAGAGCUGAUCAAGGGGACACCGCCGGCCAUCAUACAGCAGACAUAUCAACACGGUCCCGCAUCCAAGGUCAACCCGAUGGAAAUGUUGAACGAAGCGCGGCGCAUCUGCGAUGAUCUACUUGCGAAUCCUCAACAACUGGUUGGCAAGGCACCACCACCCGUGUAUAACCCUUAUUCGGCACCUUCAGCUCCCGCGCCGUCUGCUCCGCCACCAGCCGCAUCGGGCAGCAAACCGCCCGCAUACGGCAUCCCGAUGCAGGCCGCAUACUACCCUCCAGGUGCCGCAUACCCCGGGUAUCCUAGCGGGGGAUACUAUCCAUAUCCUUAUCCUGCGACGUAUGCCAUGCCGCCACCUCCGGCAGCACCACCCAAACAUGACGCCCCCGUCUCGGCACCUCCAUCAUCAAGCAGGCAGCCGACGCCUGGUUCUGCACCUGUGCCCAUGCAGCCGUUGACGCCACAUACUACUAUCCCUGUUGUAUCUGUACCUGCUUCUACAUCUGCGCCGCCUCCGGCUCCUGCUAGUGCAUCAGGGACUUGGGCUGAGGAUGAGAUUGAGAAAUUGAAGCGCUUGGCCGAGCAAAGCAAAACUACGAAUACCACUGGCGAUGUUAAUUGGGAUUGGGUCGUGCAAUCUUGGGGUCCUGCACGAUCUCGUCACCAGAUCCUACUCAAAGCGACGUCUCUCGGGUUGAAGGAGAGCACGACGCGUCCGAACCAGAAACGGAAACGAGAAGACACGACCGGCGAGCCCGAACUACGGGCAGCGCCCGCUCCUCCAGCCGCACAACAACAAUCGCAGCAACACCCACAGCAGCAGCAGCAGCAGCAGCCGCAACACCAUCACCACCAACCCUCGCUUUCGCUACCGCCGCUUCAAGCACCGUCACUUCAAGCACACCCCGCUCCUGGCUCAACGUCCAUAGGCCCGCCCAUGUCUGCGCAACCUCCGCAGAUGGCAACGCAGAGCAGUACAUCAUCACCCGCUACACGUCCGGCGAGUGGGAGUGCGAUGCGACCCCCGUCAGGGCCAGGUCUGUCACGACCCGCAAGUAACAGCGUCAGCGCACCAAAUCCGCCAUGGCCAAUGCCCGUCAUCGCAUCUGGCGCCUCACCUGUGAACAUCCAGGUAUCCCCACGGCAGGAUGCACGACUGCCACCGGUGAAUACUGGACCCGCUGUUGCCGGCGCAUACAGUUUCCCGGGAGGACGUGGUCCUGUCAAUACGCGGUACGCGGUGUUUCCAUCGCAGAAUCAGGGUGGUCAGGCGGAUGGGAGGUGA